AUGGUGGCACUCACUGAAGAGUGCAGUGCAAUAUUGCAGAGGAAGUUGCCCCAAAAGUUGAGAGAUCCGGGGAGCUUUACUAUACCUUGUACAAUAGGGAUGUUUGAGUGUAAGCAUGCUUUGUGUGAUUUGGGGGCGAGUAUAAAUCGGAUGCCUUUGUCUGUAUUCAAAAGACUUGGUUUGGGGGAGGCUAGUCCUACUACAGUCACAUUACAGCUAGCAUAUCGUUCAGUUAAACAUCCCAGGGGAAUCAUAGAGGAUGUUCUUGUUAAAGUGGACAAAUUCAUUUUUCCAACAGACUUCAUAGUAUUGGAUAUGGAAGAAGAUGAAAAUGUCUCAAUUAUUCUGGGAAGACCAUUUUUAGCUACUGGGCAGGCUCUAAUUGAUGUGCAAAAAGAGAAAGUAGUGGCAGAAAUUAACCUCACAGAGGAUUCACUUCAGAAAAGUUUGACGACUGAUGAUAUAGAUGCUGAGUUAGACAGAGAGGUCCAGGAGUGUGUACAGUGGAUGAAUUCUAAAGGGCCAAUUUAUAAUAAAAAAUAUGAAGAAUUGGGUCAGGGACCCGAAAGACCAUUACCAUCAGUUCAGAAACCUCCAGAGUUGGAAUUGAAAUCAUUGCCAGCACAUCUUCAAUAUGCUUUUCUGGGUGAGAAGGAGACUUUACCAGUCAUUGUGUCUUCUUCUCUUUCUACUGAGGAGAUGGAAAAAUUGUUAAGGGUUUUGAGAACCCAUAAGUUGGCAAUUGGAUGGACGUUGGCAUAUAUUUAG